AUUGUUUGCAAGAUGGACGCUACUGUUACACUUUAUUGUGUGUGUCAGCAAGAGUAUGACUUGUCUCGCUUCAUGAUAGAAUGUGAAGCGUGCAAAGAUUGGUUUCAUGGAAGUUGUGUGGGUGUGGAGGAGCAUCAGGCUUCAGAGAUUGAAGUCUACCAUUGUCCAGACUGUGCAAAAAUCCAUGGACCCAUCGUUGUUAAAAAGAGGAACUGGUUGGAGAGGCUUCCUCCGCUGAAGGAGAAGAAAGGAAUACAGACAGGCACAGGCCAGUUUGUCAAGGAAUUGAAAGGCAGAACCUUCCCGAGUGCGGAUCAGUUCGUAAAGCACAUGAGUGGAUACCAGAUAACGAGAAAGUACCUGGAGGAGAGCGGGUUCGACUACCCGAUCAUUGUAGAGAAGAAGGAAGGUCUGGAGCUGAGGAUUCCUCCCAGCACCAUCUCGAUGGAGGAGAUAGAGCAGCUAGUCGGCUAUCAGAGCUGGUGGAGCCACCCAGCAUCGUGCGUGAGCUGAGCUGGGUGGACACCGUGUGGGGACACGAGCCGCUGCCGGAAGACUGCCCCUACGCGCGGCCCGCCGUGCAGAAAUACUGUCUCAUGGGCGUCAAGGAUAGCUUCACUGACUUCCACGUCGACUUCGGGGGAACCUCCGUGUGGUAUCACGUGCUCAGGGGAGAGAAGAUAUUUUACCUGAUCAAGCCAACACAGACAAACCUGCAUCUCUAUGAGAACUGGGUGUCCUCAGCCAACCAAAGCUCACUGUUCUUUGGCGACCAGGUGGACUCGUGCUACAAGUGUGUGUUGAAGCACGGACAGACUCUGCUCAUUCCCACGGGAUGGAUCCACGCUGUGCUCACGCCCAUCGACUCGCUCGUCUUCGGAGGAAACUUCCUGCACAGCCUCAACAUCCCGCUGCAGCUGCAGAUCUACGAGAUGGAGAAGCGCGUGAACACACCCGAACAGUUCCUGUUCCCCGUGUUCGAGACGUCGUGCUGGUACGCGGCGCGUCACACACUCGAGCUGCUCAAAGGUAAACCCGUGCACAGGCAAUACCGCGCACAGAUGAAGACCUACGCAGCUGUAGCUAUGCACAAGCAAAACUGCGCGCAGCAUCAGAAGCGGGGUCAGCAGCUAAGCGUGCCGCACGGUGCUGUGCCGGAGAUUUGA